AUGUUUACCACUAGCAAGCACAGAAAAUCUUAUCCAAAUAAUCCUCGAAUAAAAAAUUUCUCUUUUGCAAAUAGUUUUAACCGCGUACAACAACAAAUACAAGCUAAGUCUCUUUUAAAAGACUUAUAUACUCAACUUAAACAAGAUUUGGCAAUUGGCAAAAAUGUUGAAGAUUAUGUAGCAAAUUUAAAAAAUGUUAGUACUGAAGAUAUAUUUGCAAAAAUGUGGAGUAAUAAUCAAACACAAGAAGAAGACAAAGUUAUCCCAUAUAAGUAUUUUUCAAUACCUGCUAUAUCCGUUUCUAGUGAACGACUCUUCUCUGAUACUAGCAACCAUAUUUUAGCAAGAAGAACACGAUUAGCAUCUAGCUUAGUUAAUA